AUGGCGGAACUUGGAUUAGAAAGCCAAGGCCCAACCCUUCAGGUAAGGGAAGAAAAUCUUGAUGAUAAUAACGAUCUGGAUUCUGAAGAACUAUUAGCUGCGAUGGCAGAGAAUUCUCCUGAACAACAAUUCACUGACGUGGCGGAAGAAAUGGAGGAAGAGGAACUUCUAUUAGAUGAUUCUCUGUCACCGCUUGAAAAGAUAUUUUUAUAUGUAAAAAGUGAUUUGGUAUUUCAUAGAGUGUUCAUUGCAAAGGAACUUCCCUCGUUAAUAAGAGAUGUGGAAAUUAGUGAAGCGGUUGAAUACGUGUUACCUUUAAUGAACUCUUUGGGAACUGAUCCAGAGGAUCAUGUCCGUGAGGCAUUUGCACCUGAAUUAGACAAAAUUAUAUGGUUUUAUUAUUCACAUUGUCCUUUGAGAGAUAUUACACCUGAAAACGCUCAGGGAGACAAUGGAACAACGAUAAAUUCUCGACCAAUGACACCACAAAGACCUCAAACGCCUCAACGACCACUUACACCACAAAGACCUCAAACACCUCAAAGACCACAAACACCGAUACAGCAGCAAUUACAGCAACUUCCUGCACAAUCACAAACUCAUUUACCAUACUUAUCUCCGGCAGCUUUCACUCCUCUUCUUCACAUACUUCUUCUCGAUCAAAACACUAGUAUUGCUUCGGCAGCUCAGGCAGCCGUUCAAUCUCUAGUCGAGAAGAUAUUAGAGGAGCCAGAUGUAAAUCCUAAAGAGAAAGAAUUGUUGGAAAGGGAAACGUUAGAGGGCGUCGUUUUGGGCAUAGGUAGGUUAGAUCAGGAGAAGGCGAAAAGGGAGGAAGUAAACGAAUGGGAUGCAGAUGAUGAUGCAAGUGUUGGCGCCGUUGCUGGCGGCGAAGAAGAAGCCGAAUUGGGGCGAAUGACCAUGAUGACAUUGAUAGCAGCCCUUGCACCCAUUGUUGGACCAGAAAGGUGUGCACGUUUAUUUGUUCCCGAAUUGGAUAAAAUGUCGGAUGAACCAGUGUUUUAUGUACGGAAGGAAGCGGCCCUCGCAGUUGGAAAUUUAGCUGGAGUCUUACCCUUGGAUAUAAUUACGUCAAAAUUGUUACCCAUAUACGACCAUUUCUCAAUCGAUCCUAUUUGGCACGUACGUCGAUCCUGCUGCCUAGUCUUACCUACGAUUUGCGCUCGCCUUCCAGAAGAGAUGAAAGCCGAGCGAGCUGUAAAAGGAAUUGAACUUUUCGCAGGAGAUGUAAGCCGUAGUGUGCGAUCGGCUGCUGGCGAAAUUAUCGGUGAAUUAAUUGCCACUUUCCAACCUGAUGACAACGUACCCGAAAGCUUGGUGCAACAUUUCCUAGGUUUGGGGCCUGUUAGAGAAACAACAGUUGGUGUCGCAAAUUUAUCUGGUAGUGCCUAUAAUACUGGGCUUGGUCAGAGAGAUCCAGAACGUCCAGUCAUAUGUGCAUAUAAUUUUCCCGCUGUGGUUUUAACCCUGGGAAAAAGUCGGUGGGACGAUUUAAAGGAGACAUAUGCUGCUUUAACGAAAGAUAUGCAGGUCAAAGUUCGAAGGUCUUUGGCUUGUUCACUUCAUGAAAUUGCGAAAGUAAUUGGACCCAUAAAAACAGAUCAAGAUUUGCUAUCCGUUUUUACAUUCUACUUGAAUGAUAUGGAUGAGGUCAAAUCAGGUCUCCUGGAACAUCUUGCAGAUUUCUUUGAGUGUUUGCCACAAAAUACUCGAAAUGAUUAUUUACCAAGAUUAAAUGACGUGUGGGAUGGAGUAAGUCAUCAAUGGCGUUUGAGAGACGAGAUUUCCAAGCAAAUACCGGCAUUAUGUAGAUUGUUUAAUUGUCAAAAUGUAAUAAAUUAUAUAUUGCCUUUAACUAUCCGUGCAGUCAGGGACGAGGUUGCUAGUAUUCGAGAAACGACUGUAUCAAGUUUUCCAACUUUAUUUCAAGUCGUCCGGAGCGAUGAGUCAGUUUAUAAGGAAACGAUAAAACGAAUUUGCGAGUUCGCCUCUGAUAACAAAUUUAGAGGCAGAAUUUGCAAAGCUCUUAUUUCGUCAGAUUAUCCAAAAGAGGAAUUUGAAAAGUACUUUUUAAAUGAUCUAAAGCAACUUUCAUCAGAUCGAGUGGUAAAUGUUAAAAUUGCAUUGGCAAGACUCGUUGGUAAAUUAUGUCGAAUGGAACAAUAUUAUCAGAAUCCUUCAAGUCGACCUUCACAAAUCAAUGAUUUGUUACAUCGGCUUGCAGAAGACAAUGAUGUGGAUGUACGUGGAUUUGUAUUCCCAUACUUGUCACCUGAAGAAAGAUCACAAUUCAUAUCAUCAACUAUACAGGCGAUGGCGGAAAGUGCUGAAAAUGGAUUGACGCCUAUAUCAGAAGAAGCGGAUUUAGAUAGAAACAGGUCAAUAACACAGGAUAAUCAUGAUUCAACGCCAAUUUUGACUGUGGUGAAUAAUGAGGAAAAGAAUGAUGCAGAAAAAAAUAAAGAAAUGAGAGAUAUGGAAAAUGGUCGUGAAAAUGAUGGUUCGCUGGGCGAGAUCAUGGGGGAAAUUCCAAUUGCAUUUAUAAGACCAAGUAGCGUUAUUGAAGUGGAUAAUAAUAAUAGGUCAUCCUCUGGACUCAUUGUAUCGUCAACACCUCCUUGA